AUGUCUAAGCAUACAGAUUCCACAGCUGAAGUGCUGUUGGAGAAGAAAGGUUGUGCAGGAGUAAUAACUUUGAAUAGACCCAAGGCUCUCAAUGCAAUAAAUAUUUCUAUGAUCCGGCAGAUCUAUCCGCAAAUAAAGACUUGGGAGCAAGAUCCUGAAACUUGUCUAAUAAUCAUAAAGGGAACUGGAGAAAAAGCUUUUUGUGCUGGGGGUGAUGUCAGAGCCAUCAGAGAUGCAGGAAAACUUGGUGAUAGACUGGCACAAGAUUUCUUCAAAGAAGAAUAUGCCCUGAACAAUGCUGUUGGCACUUGCAAGAAGCCAUAUGUGGCACUCAUUGAUGGCAUUACAAUGGGAGGGGGAGUUGGUGUCUCUGUGCAUGGACAUUUCCGAGUGGCUACAGAAAAGACACUCUUUGCGAUGCCAGAAACAGCAAUAGGCCUCUUUCCUGAUGUAGGGGGAGGAUAUUUCUUGCCAAGAUUAUCAGGAAGGAUUGGCUAUUACCUAGCACUCACUGGAAGCAGGCUGAAAGGGAGAGACGUGCUAAAAGCUGGCAUCGCCACACAUUUUGUGGACUCUGAAAAGCUGCCUGCCUUAGAGAAGGACCUGACAGGCCUGAAAUCUCCUUCAACAGAAAAUAUUGCAGACUUACUGAACUCUUACCAUGAAAAGAGCAAAGCUGACCAAGACAAGCCAUUUGUACUUGAUGAACACAUGGAGAAGAUUAACAGUCUUUUUUCAGGAGAUACCGUGGAAGAAAUUGUUAAAAAGUUAAAGCAAGAUGGUUCUGCUUUUGCCAAUGAGCAGCUGGAGACUCUGAACAAGAUGUCACCUACAUCCUUAAAACUGACUCUCAGACAGCUCAGAGAAGGAGCUUCCAUGAGCUUACAGGAGGUACUCAGGAUGGAAUACAGACUGAGCCAAGCAUGCAUGAGAGGCACUGACUUCUAUGAAGGGGUUCGAGCAGUGCUGAUUGACAGAGACCAGGCCCCCAGAUGGAAGCCAGCUGCUCUAGAAGAAGUCAGUGAUGAAUUUGUGGACAAUUGUUUUAAGCCACUGGGAAACGACGAUCUCAAGUUGUAAAGACCAAGCCUGUUGACAUCUUGUACAUCUGCUCAAGUCUGUGGUAUCAGCAUUAACAGCAGUGUGUGAUGAAGUUUGAGA